AUGCCGUCGGAACACUGCCUCAGUAUUCAAGAAAUGCUGACAGGCCAGAGGCUCUGCCACUCGGAAUCUCACAACGACAGCGUCCUGGCAGCGCUGAAUCAGCAGAGGAGCGACGGCAUGCUCUGCGACGUCACCCUGAUUGCGGAGGAACAGAAAUUCCAUGCUCACAAGGCCGUCCUGGCGGCGUGCAGCGACUACUUUCGGGCAAUGUUCAGUCUUUGCAUGGUGGAAAGUGGAGCUGACGAGGUGAAUUUGCAUGGUGUGACCAGCCUUGGCUUAAAGCAGGCUCUGGAGUUCGCAUACACAGGACAGAUUUUGCUGGAGCCGGGCGUGAUCCAGGAUGUGUUAGCCGCUGGCAGCCACCUGCAGCUGUUGGAGCUCCUCAGUUUAUGUUCCCACUAUCUCAUCCAGGAAUUAAAUAUCUUUAAUUACUUGGAUCUGUACAGACUUGCUGACCUCUUUAACCUCACUUUGUUGGAGAAGGCAGUGAUCGAUUUCUUAGUGAAGCAUCUCUCUGAACUCCUGAAGAGCCGCCCAGAAGACGUUCUAACGCUUCCUUAUUGUCUGCUUCAGGAGGUCCUGAAGAGCGACCGCCUGACCUCCCUGAGUGAAGAGCAGAUCUGGCAGCUAGCCGUGAGGUGGUUGGAACACAACUGCCAUUACCAGUACAUGGAUGAGCUCCUGCAGUAUAUCCGCUUUGGCCUGAUGGAUGUGGACACUCUCCAUACAGUUGCCCUGUCCCACCCCCUCGUCCAGGCAAGUGAGACUGCAACGGCUCUUGUCAAUGAGGCCCUGGAAUACCACCAGAGCAUCUAUGCGCAGCCCGUGUGGCAGACCCGCAGGACCAAACCAAGGUUCCAGUCAGACACCCUGUACAUCAUUGGUGGGAAAAAGCGCGAGGUCUGUAAAGUCAAGGAACUUCGGUACUUCAAUCCUGUUGAUCAGGAGAAUGCUCUCAUAGCUGCCAUUGCCAACUGGAGUGAGCUGGCCCCCAUGCCCGUGGGAAGGAGCCACCACUGUGUGGCAGUCAUGGGGGACUUCCUGUUUGUGGCAGGAGGGGAGGUGGAGCACGCCACUGGCCGGACGUGUGCUGUGAGGACCGCCUGUCGCUAUGACCCCCGCAGUAAUUCCUGGGCAGAGAUAGCACCCAUGAAAAACUGUCGGGAGCAUUUUGUGCUGGGUGCCAUGGAUGAAUACCUCUAUGCGGUUGGGGGCAGAAAUGAGCUGCGCCAGGUUCUGCCUACAGUUGAGAGAUAUUGUCCCAAGAAGAACAAGUGGACUUUUGUGCAGUCCUUUGACAGAUCCCUUUCAUGUCACGCUGGCUACGUGGCGGAUGGUCUUCUCUGGAUAUCAGGUGGAGUAACUAACACCGCACAGUAUCAGAAUAGACUAAUGGUGUAUGAACCUAACCAGAAUAAGUGGAUAAGCCGCAGCCCCAUGCUGCAGAGAAGGGUCUACCACUCCAUGGCUGCAGUCCAUAGGAAGCUCUACGUCCUUGGAGGCAAUGACCUGGACUACAAUAACGACCGGAUCCUGGUGCGGCAUAUAGAUUCCUACAACAUAGACACCGACCAAUGGACGCGCUGUAACUUCAACCUGUUGACUGGCCAAAAUGAAUCUGGAGUUGCUGUCCAUAAUGAGAGGAUCUAUUUAGUUGGUGGAUAUUCGAUUUGGACAAAUGAGCCUCUGGCUUGUAUCCAGGUACUGGAUGUAAGUAGAGAAGGCAAGGAAGAAGUAUUCUAUGGGCCUACACUCCCUUUUGCUUCCAAUGGAAUAGCAGCAUGCUUCCUUCCAGCUCCAUAUUUCACAUGCCCUAAUCUUCAAACUCUUCAAGUGCCUCAUCACAGGAUUGGCACCAUCUGA